GACACUCGGCAGUAGCGGAGGUCGGAAUUUGUAUUUCCAUCUGCUGUUAGCUUCUAAACUUUUAAGUUUCUUCCGUCGUGAUUAUAUCAGUAUAACUGUUGCAGCUUAAACGGUAUUGUUAAUCAUUAUCAUAAAAAACAAAUAAUAUGAUAAACCACUAAGACAAGAUUUAAUAUUUCCGGCUAUUAGAUUUUUAUCAUGGCAACAAACAGUAAUAACAGCUCACCUGGGCAUUCACCUUCCUCUACAACUUUAGAAGCAGUUGACUAUAACUUACAGUUUCCAACAUGGUCAAUGGAGUAUUUAAAAAAAGCAGCAAUGCAACAAAGAUUAGUGAGACCUCGCAGUCUUGCCUGGGCAAUUAUGCUCAAUGCUAUUCCACCCCCUUCUGGUGAUAUUUUAUUAAGCAUACACGGCCAUAGAAAUUUCUACAAUGACCUUAGAAAUAAACUUUCUAUGGACCCUCGUGCUGUCAUUGGUGAUGAUCCCCUGUCACAGAAUGAUGAGAGUGCAUGGAAGCAGCACUUUUGUGAUAAUGAAUUGAAGGCUUUAAUAUUACAAGAUGUAGUGCGGACAUUUCCUGAUGAAACAUACUUUAGAGAUAAAGAUGUCCAAGACACAAUGGUUCGAGUUUUAUUUUUCUGGUCUCGCUCUCAUCCCAGCCCGGGAUACAGACAAGGAAUGCACGAAGUCUUAGCACCUUUGCUCUUUGAACUAUAUUGUGACAGACAACAAGCUAAACAGCAUGCUUUGAGUGAUACACUGCUGAAUUAUUUAGAAGAAGGCUACCUUGAACAUGAUAGCUACAUGCUAUUCAGUGCUGUGAUGAAAGGAUUAGAGCAAUUCUAUAGCACAGGAGAUGUUAUUCCAACGUCAUGUGGCCGACUGCCUCUAUCUAGGUCACUACAUAAUCAAAACGAAGCGGUAAGAUAUUUGGAACGUGUGCGGGAAGACUAUUUGACGUCCGCGGACCCGGGGCUCGCGAAACACCUCAUGGAAUGCAAUAUAUCCAUGGAACUGUUUGGCAUUCGCUGGCUUCGGCUCCUCUUCGGUCGCGAGUUCCCUCGCACGGAAAUACCUAAUUUGUGGAGUUUUAUAUUCUCUGAUGGGCCGAUGUUACCCAAUUUGCACCAUAUCGUUGUAGCUAUGCUCAUGUCGAUACGGACUGCUUUACUAGAAUGCGACACGGGUUGCGCGUUGUCUCUAUUGAUGCGCCCGUCGAGUGCGUCCGCUGGCCACGUUUGUGCUCUGAGUCUCCAUUUGCGAGAUCCCAUCAGAUAUCCCUCACCACCUGCUCAACUCAAUAAUAGUCACGAUAGUGCAAUAGACGCAGCUAAUUCGGAAUACAGUUACGAUCAAAAGGCGGAAGAGGAGGCCGAGACGGACGGAUCAGAGGGUUUAGCCGAAGGCGGUGACGUGGCUCGCUCUUUGGCGGCUCUGGCCCUGCUCAGGGCGCGUCUCCCCUCGGCUGUCGCCGCCCUACAAGCCGCUCUGCCGAGACCGCCCCCGGACGCAAUACCCGCCUUGGAACAGAUCGCUCAACUCUCCGCCUUACUGCAAUGCCGAAAUCACGCUUUGAUUGAUGUCGAAACGGCCUUAGAAGCGGCCGAAAACCAGACAUCAUUCUCCGUUGGACGGCGUCAACUGGUCCCUGUGGUGCUGGGAAGGAAUAAACCUAAAGUUAACCAGGUCAAGGUGAACCAGGUCAAAGUGAAUCAAGUAAAAGUGAUAAAUAAAGUCAAAGAAGUGCCAUUACAAGUGUUCCAUCAAGUUGAAUGUGAUUCCACAAGUGAUUUGCCAUUCCAGGAUCCCCUGCGGUUACGGACAGAGUGACUACGGAGAAAAAUUAUGCUGUUCAGUUAUUAUCAUUGAUUAUUCAUAAUUUUGAAUAAUUCAUGAUAAUUAUUCAGCAUAAUGAUACCUUUUUACUUUCCAAUUGACUAAUAAUGAAUUUUAAAGAAAAAAAAUGUUUACAGCUUAUGUAAUUAAAAUUAGCAUUGUAUAGAUAUUUUUAAUAUGGAUACUAGGUUUUUGUGAAGAAAUCCAUUGCAGGAAGGUACUGCAUUUGGCAAGUUUGUCAAAGCCCUGACAAUUGACUAAUCUGUCAAAACCCUAAUCAAACAUGCCUUGUGUGCCAUUAAAAAUGCGAAAAACGAAAAAUAAUACAAACAUUGUAUUAAAGUAUGUGUGAUAAUGUGUUCAAUAUAGAUAAUUCAAAUGUGAUUUGUAUUAGUCUUAACUAAACAAUUUUUUCUAUAUAUAAGGAAUCCGUACUUUGUAAAAUGUAAUGGGUUUAGUUAAAAAUAAGGUAUAGAUUUUUAUAUAUUCUUUGUUACACAAAGCAAUAUCUUAUUGCUGUGAAGUAACAUGCGGAAUAACAACUAAAUUCAUAGCAAUUAAGCUUUGUCUAUGAACGUUUUUUUUAAGUGAAUAUAAUGAUGAUAUGAAGCAAUAUUAUUAUUAUUCAAAGUUGUGAUUGAUUUAUAGAUCUCAAAUAUGUAAAAUAUUUAUGUUGCUCAGAAAUUAUGUUGUCCUUUAAUAUAUAUAUAUAUU